AUGGAGCAGGUGAUACCUGUGGCGCCGCAGUCAGACAAACAACAAAUUGCAGAAGUCAGUGCACCAGCGAUGUCAGGUUCAGACAAGUAUAUUCUAAGUCUGAGAACCAAGCACAAGCAAGUGCAACGCAAACUGACGAAUAUGAACAUCGAACAGCAGGAUCUUGCGUUAUCUCAAGUCCAGCAAGAACAGCUGCUCGAAUUGAAGGAGAUACAAAGUCGUCUCAUGAACCUCAUUAUCGAGCAAAUGCCAGACGACGUGGAAGACGACCUGGAUCAAGAUGAAGCUUUCCACACAUUGUAUGCUACAAAGGCUGCGAAGGUUGCUGUUAUCGACAAGAAGCCCGCACCAGAAGCAGCACCACCAUGCAGCAGCACCAGCAUGCAACAUCAUCUAAGCAUCCCCAUGCCAACGUUUGACGGGCAAUAUGAACAUUGGCCAAAGUUCAAGGCCUUGUUCUUGGACAUCAUGGCUAGAACGAAUGAAUCUGACGCCGUCAAACUUCACCAUUUGAACAAGGCUCUCCAAGGAAAGGCAGCUGGUAUCUUGAAUGCUUCACUCUUGAACAGCAACAACUUCCAAAGCGCGUGGGACGUUUUGGUGAAACGUUUUGAAAAUUCUCGGCUGAUCGUCGAGAAGCACAUCGCAGGAUUAUUGCAGCUGAAGCAUGUACCCAAACAGUCUGCCAAGGAGCUACGGACGUUGGCUGAAUCCUGCAAGAGCCAUGUGGACGGAUUGGUUUUCAUGAAACAAUCCAUCGACAGCACAAGCAACCUGAUCAUUACUAACCUACUCACAUCAUGCUUGGACGUCGAAACCAGGAAGACAUGGGAAAGCUCACUGGAACACGGAAAGUUCCCUGAUCUCUACAAAACGCUCGACUUCAUCCAUCGUCAGUGCGAAGUGCUCGAAAGCUGUACAUCGCAGGAGAAGCCCUCUCGCAAGAUGGUGAGCACCAACGCCCUCACCACUACCACACCAGCCUCAACGUGUGUGGUAUGCAAUGAGGACCAUCCACUCCAGAGAUGCCCGAAGUUUCUUGCGUUAUCGGUAGCGGACAAGGUAGCAAAGGUGAGAUCGUUGAAACGAUGCUUCAACUGCCUUUGCACUGGACACAAUGUUAUACAGUGCCCAUCGAAACGGUCGUGUCGUGUCUGCAAUCGACGACAUCACUCCCUACUUCACAAGGAAGAGUCCCGGCCAGCAUCAGCGUUAGCUCCAAGAGUUGAUGUCCAACCGCCACCAUCGAGUGAGGCAUCUACAACAUCUCUCACAACAGCAGUGCCAUCUACCGUGCUGUUGCCUACCGUAUUGCUCAACAUAACGGACAGAGGAGGAAUCAGCCAUCCGGCACGAGCUCUCCUGGACAGUGGGUCUCAGUCCAACUUCAUCACAGAAAGGAUGGCCCAACUUUUGGAUUUACCACGGAAGCUGAUCAAUCUCCCGUUGGCAGGCAUCGGUGGCAGCACAGGGUCGAAUGUGCGACAUUCUGUCAAGACCACCAUCUAUUCGCGUUGCUCAAGCUACACCUCAUCGAUAGAACUGCUUGUGUUGCCGAAGUUAUCCGUGGACAUGCCGACGCAUGAACUCAACAUCAGCCAUUGGAAAGUUCCUGAAACUUGCAUCCUGGCCGAUCCAUUCUUCAAUCGACCAGGAACUAUUGAUGUUAUUUUGGGAACAAGACACUUCUUCGAAGUUUUGCGGAUUGGUCGCCUGUCCUUAGGUGACAACAUGCCAACCCUUCAAGAAACUGAGUUUGGCUGGAUCGUCAGCGGCAGCGCUACCAUUGCCGAACCGUCAUCACCAGUCAUGUGUACGAUAGCCUUACACACGAACCAGUUGGGCGACUUGAUGAAGCAGGCCUUCGCCAUCGAGGACCUGAGCAACACACCCAGCUGCAGCAGAGAAGAGCGAGCUAGUGAAGUUCAACUCGCUAUAACUUCAACCAGAGAUGACGACAGGUACGUGGUUCAGCUUCUACGAAAGCCGGAAAUGAUUGGCAAGCUUGGUGAUUCGAAGAAUAGCACUCUACGUCGACUUCAACGCGAACCCGACACCCAACGAGCACAUAUCAACUUGGAUGAACACUUUCGCUUACUCCAUAUGAGCAAGGUGGCAGAUUCUUCAGUGAACGAUAACUCGUUUUAUCUGCCACACCACCCAGUUUUUAAGGCGGAUUGCCACCGGACCACCACUAAAUGGCGUGAGGUACUUCAUGCCUCCAGCAAUCAUCAAUGGUGUCUUGUUGAAUAA